CUGCUGCCGUUGCCGCCGCUGCUGCCCCUCAGCUCGCUAAAAGCCAGCCCAAUCCCCUCCCCCCUCCUCUCUCCCCCACGCCCGCACCAAACGGCAGCAGAGAGAGGACAAGAAGCAGCAGGGGACCUCCGAGGAGCAGAGACCUCCAAGAAUCAGAGCAAGAAACCAGGGAGAGAGUCGGAGGAGGAGGAGGAGGAGGAAGAAGGAGAGCGAGAGGAUGCACGGCGGCGGGUCGAAGAUGCUGGGGGUGGUGAACUUCAUCACCUUCCUGGCGUCGAUCCCGGUGCUGGGGGGCGGCAUCUGGCUGGCGUCGCGGGCCAACUCCACGGACUGCAUCCGCUUCCUGCAGUGGCCCAUCAUCAUCAUCGGCCUCGCCGUCAUGGUCGUCUCCCUCAUGGGCUUCGCCGGCGCCUGCUACCGCCAGACCUGGCUGCUCCGCAUCUACCUCUUCGCCAUGUUCUUCAUCGUCGUCGCGCUGCUCUUCUUCAUCGUCUUCGCCUUCGCCGUCACCGACCGCGGGGAGGGCCAGGUGGUCAUGAACCGCCGCUUCCUCGAGUACCAGCUCUCCGACUACAACGGAUGGCUCCGCAACCGCGUCGCCGACCCGGAGUACUGGGCCACCAUCAGCGCGUGCCUCCGCGACGGCCGCGCCUGCGCCUCCAUGCGCCGCCCCGCCCGCGACCCCAACACCGGCAUGCUCGUCACCGAGCCCCCCGUCAUGUUCUACGGCCGCAACCUCUCCCCGAUUCAGUCAGGAUGCUGCAAGCCACCGACUUCAUGCGCGUUCACCUACAACAACGAGACAUACUGGAGCGCGAACCCCGGCGUCCCCACCGUGGUGACCGACCCCGACUGCCUCAAAUGGAGCAACGACCAGCAGACGCUGUGCUUCCAGUGCGACUCGUGCAAGGCCGGCGUCCUGGCCGGCAUCAAGAAGAGCUGGCGCAAGGUGGCCAUCAUCAACAUCGUCGUGCUCAUCAUCCUCAUUAUCGUCUACGUCGCCGGCUGCGCCGCGUUCCGCAACGCCAAGAGGGACGACAACGACGAGUCGUAUGGCAUGGCCAGGAUGACCAAGUCCCGGCCGAGCAGGUUCCAGUUCUAGACCUGCUGCGUCGAAAAACCGGGAAAACCUUUGCCUGUACAAAAGGCCACUCACUGUGGGCGGUGGUGUUAAGGCUUUGGCCUGAACUAUAUUUCUUACUGAACCGUGUGGAUGAUGGUCGCCUGUAGUUGGGGGGUGUGGAAGGGAAGAUGUUCAUGGAUCGAAUGUUUAGUGUGGUGUUUAGGGUAGGUCUAUUCUGUAUUUGGUGGCACAAGAUGAGGUCUGCAAGGAACAGGAGGGGCUGGCUCAUUUUAGGAAUGUAUUAUUCUGCACUUGGUGA